GGAGGAGGAGGAGGAGGAGGAGGGGGGUGCAAUUGAGGGCUGUGGGGAGGGUGAAAGGUGAGGGGUCAGGGCUCCGUCUAGUUGCCCCGAAAGGGGGUGGGGAGACUCCGGUGGUGAAGCCUGGAAGCAGAUUGGAGAGGCUCUGGAAGGAUGGCAGAUAUGGCAGAUAACCACAAAGAGAGUUGGGCAGCUGUGGUUGCUGCAGCAGAACAGUACCGGCGUCAGACAGGAAAUGAGAUUGUGCUGCUCACUGCCUUCAGGGCCCCACCCCCUACCAGCUUCAGCUAUGCGCAGCAUGGAAGUGGUGCUCUGGCUGAUGCCGUUCAACGCUACCUCGAAGAUAUUGCAGUGGUUCACAAGACUACUGCUUUCACCUAUGCUGCCCGCCCUCCCCCAGCCCCUCGCCCACCUCCCACUCAUGAAUCCUACUCUAGGAGCUUACCUCCUACCUAUGCUCCAGAUGAUCCUGCCGCACACAGGACACCUACACCCCUGGGGCCCUUGCCACAGGCCUCUGGAGGCCAGGAAGAUGAAGAUGAAGACAAUGAAGGAGACAGGAAUACACUGACUGAACUGGAGCAGCCGGGUGGGAGAGACCAUCCUAGUGACACCACUGGUCUGUUUGUGAUGGAUGAGGAUUCCCCAAGCCAGGACUAUGAACCCUUCUUUGACUCUGAUCUGGAAAGCACUGAUGAUGGCAGUCUGAGUGAGGAGGCUCCUGGGCAGACUGCCCCUCCACCACUCAGCCAUCAAUAUGCCAAAUCCCUUCCAGUCUCAGUGCCCAUCUGGGGCUUCAAGGAACAGCGACAAGAGAUGCGAUCUUCAGAUGAAGAAAACAGCAAACAUUCAUCUCCGGACCUCGAGAAGAUUGCUGCCAGCAUGCGGGCUCUGGUGCUGCGAGUGUCAGAUGGCACAGAGAUGUUUGGGGACCUGCCUCGGCCACGCCUCAACACAAGUGACUUCCAGAAGCUGCAGCGGAAAUACUGAUGGAUCUGGCAGUCCCUGUGUCUCCCUCUUUCCAGUUGGUGCCCUUCUCCCCCACCCACUCUCCUCAAAAGUCGGUGGACAGGGUUGGAAGCUCCCCUCAAGCCAUAGAGUCCAAAUCUCUUCUACCUUCCCUCCCCUCCCCUCCAGGUCUGAGCACCCACAAGCUUUAAAGUGAUCACCUCAAUCUCACACUACAGUUAGGCUGGAGGGCUUUAUAAUCCCCCUUUUCCCUCCAACCCAGAAAACAUGUCCUUUAUCUUAGGUAAUUAGGAGUUACAACAGCUCUUCUAUGAGGGGCUACUGACACCCAUACAUACAAGUGAGGGGGAAAAACACUACAGAGAUGUACUGACAAAAUUCCAUAUCUCUCCCCCAUCCUUGUGCUCCCCAGUCUACACCAGCCCUGGCUAGUGAUGGCUCCCUUAAUCAGCAUUGCUCUUCUCUAAUCCCUGUUUCCCAUAUAAGUGUCUUAAGAGAUCCUUUGCACAUAGGUUGGGUUUGUCUGCACUUCACUUUGAGCUACCAGUAAGUGCCACUUUGUUGGGAGUGAUGGGGAGAUGGUAUCAUUUUGUUCUUCUUUUCUCCCACCCACCCCUUCCUCCCCAUGCAGAAGUCUCUCCUAGUUUGCAGGAGUGGUAUUUCAGGGUCUUUUCAUUUCCUCUUCGGGAGAGUGGUUCAAACAUGGGGCUGUUUCAAGGCAGAUGGAAUCUAAAUGGGGCUCUAAGAGUCACAUACAACCCUCUGUUUAUCCUCUUACCCUGCCACCUUGCUUGUCCCAGCAUACUUUUGUAUCAGAUUUUCAAGGGCACUUUCUGCCCCUGGCCCUCUAUUUUUGUCCAAAGAUGAUUGGUGAAUUGGAAGGGAGAGGAUGUAUUAUUUUUUUCUCCUUCCUGCCAACCUACUAGCCAAUAAUAAAAAGCUGUCUUUUACCAA